AUGAAACCUUUAUGCGAAACAGCUACUCUCAUAGACGUUAUACUUGCUUUAAUUUUAUGCAGAUUCAAAAGGACUAAUUUACAGAAACUCAUGGAAGAAGUGAAAGAAUUUAUUAAUAAUUGCAAUAUCGAGGAGGAAGCCAUCAUGCAAAAAUAUAUAGAUCAUUCAUCGAUCUCCACAACAAUGGCGAUAUCAAAUGUUCUAGCGGCCUUUGCAUUUUCUUUUACUCCAUUCUUUGCGGAAAAUGAUGUCCCUGGCGAUGCUAUGUUUCCAUUUGAUAUAAAAUCAUUAUUCAUUUUAAUUCCAAUAUACGUUUUGGACGUAAUUGUUCUCUUUCAAACUGCAUUAUGCGUUUGUGUGGAUUUUAUGAUUGCAAUGUUGAUGUGGUACUCUGCUACUAAAUUAGAAAUUUUAGGAUUGAAUCUUGAAAAUGCUACGGACAAAUAUAAAAUAAAAAAUUGCGCUAAGGAACAUCAGAAGAUAUUAAAUUUCAUAUCCGAAACACAAAAAGUUAUUGAAAUGUUAUUAUUCAAAACGAACGUGACGAUGGGCGCAACUGCAAUUGGUGCGACAUUCUCGCUCCUACACCAUGAACCAAUAAACAUAGAGCUACAGUUUAUUUGCAUGAUGAUUGCUAGCUAUCAAAGAUUAUAUGUUACAGCUUUACCUGCUGAUGAUUUAAAAGAAACGAGUAUGAAACUCGCGACAUCGGCAUAUAAUUCAAAAUGGUUCGAAGAUACUUCCAACAUGGCAACCGACGUACGCAUUAUAAUAGUAAGAAGUCAAAAACCAAUUUUGAUUUCAAUGGGUGGUCUACUUCCCAAUUUAACUCUCGAAUAUUAUGCAAAUUUCUUUUACACAAUUUCAUCUUAUUUCAUGACAAUGAGACAAAUGAUAGAAGAAUAA